AUGGGCUUUUCGAAGCUCUUCGCGGCCACUCUCUUGGCCAUGCGGCUCAUUGCUCCUGGAGCAGCCGCCCCCUCUCCCAGCGCUCUGGAGGCUCGCGCUGACAGCACCUACUGGUUGCCCAACAUGGCUGGUAGCGAGACUGCUGUCUUUGCUGAUGACAGCUCCUACAAGGUCUUCCGCAACGUUCAGGACUAUGGUGCCAAGGGCGACGGAUCUACUGACGAUACUGAUGCCAUCAACUCGGCCAUCACUGAUGGCAGUCGUUGCGGUCUGGGCUGUGACUCUCAGACCUCGAAGCCCGCCCUCGUCUACUUUCCCCCUGGUACCUACAUGGUCAGCAAGCCCAUUGUGCAGACUUACUACACCCAGUUUGUCGGUGAUGCCGUCACCGUUCCUACUCUCAAGGCCACCUCCGACUUUGUCGGCAUGGCUGUCAUCGACUCUGACCCCUACGAGGAUGACGGUGCCAACUGGUACACCAACCAGAACAACUUUUUCCGUCAGGUUCGCAACUUUGUCAUCGACAUUACCAACUUGGGUCCCGAGAGUGGCGCCUGUAUCCACUGGCAGGUUGCUCAGGCCACCAGUCUUCAGAACAUUGUCUUCAACAUGAACACCGACACGAGCGCUUCCAACGCUCAGAAGGGUAUCUUCAUGGACAACGGCUCUGGUGGUUUCAUGGCAGAUCUCGUCUUCAACGGUGGUGGCUACGGUGCUUUCCUCGGUAACCAGCAAUUCACCACCCGCAACCUGACAUUCAACAACUGCAACACGGCCAUCUUCCUCAACUGGUGCUGGCUCUGGACCAUGCAGGAUGUGACCAUCAACAAUGCUCAGAUUGGUAUCGACAUGUCGGCUGGUGGCGUUGGUGACAUUACGGCCGGCUCUUUCUUGCUCCUCGACAGUGUCAUCUCCAACACCCCUGUCGGUAUCAACACCCUGUACCAGACUGACCUUACUGUGACCAACAAUACCAUGAUUCUGGACAAUGUCGAUUUCAGCACCGGCGUUGAGACUGCCAUCCGCUACGCUGGUGACAACUCGACCCUAGUCGCAGGCGGUCAGGUGAUUGCUAGCUUUGCUCAGGGCCGCACCUACGAUGGAAGUUCCGGUAAGGCUGUUCAGGCUGCUGAGAGUAGCAUCUCCAAGCCAGAGGGUCUCAUGAGCGACGGCAAGGUCUUUACCCGCACCAAGCCCCAGUACGAGAGCCUGGACAAGAGCAGCUUUGUCAGCGCAAAGGCCUCUGGUUGCAAGGGUGACGGUUCGACCGAUGACACUGCCGCCAUUCAGAAGCUCUUUGACGAUGCCACCGCUGGACAGGUCAUCUUUUUUGAUCACGGUGCCUACAUCAUCUCCGAUACCAUCAAGGUUCCCGCCGACAAGCAGAUCAAGGUUGUUGGAGAGAUGUGGCCUCUCCUCAUGGCUGAUGGCACUUCGUUCAAUGACCAGUCCAACCCCAAGCCAGUCUUCCAGGUCGGUGAGGCUGGCGAUGUCGGUGAUGUCGAGUUCUCUGACUUGAUCAUUGAGACAAAGGGUGCUGCUCCUGGUGCCAUCAUGAUGCAGUGGAACCUCGCUGGAUCUUCUGCUGGUACCGCCGGUCUCUGGGACGUUCACUUCCGCAUUGGAGGCUCCGCCGGAACUGAGCUGCAAUCUGACAAGUGUGCCAAGAACCCCAACAGCACCCACGAGGCCAACACUGACUGUGAGGGUGCCUUCCUCUUGUUCCACGCUACUCAGACUGCUUCCGUCUACGUCGAGAACUGUUGGUUCUGGGUUGCCGACCACGAGCUCGACCUUGAGGACCACUCUCAGAUUGACAUUUACAAUGGCCGUGGUGUCCUCAUCGAGUCUCAGAACCCUGUCUGGUUCUGGGGAACCGCCUCUGAGCACUCGCAGAUGUACAACUACCAGAUCACCAACGCCCGCAAUGUUUGGAUGUCCGUUAUCCAGACCGAGACUGCAUACAUGCAGGGUAACCCUGACGCCACGACUCCCUUUACCGUCAACGAGGGCUACUUUGAUCCCGAUUUCUCGACCAGCUGCGAUGGUAGCUCCACCAACUGUGCUCGUACUUGGGGUCUCCGCGUUGUCAACUCAUCUGACAUCUACGUCUUUGGCGGUGGUCUUUACUCUUUCUUCGACAAUUACGACCAGGACUGUCUCGCCACUGAGAGCUGCCAGGAGAACAUUGUCAGCAUUGAGGACUCUAGCGUCCACCUGUUUGGUAUCAGCACCAAGGCCUCUGUCAACAUGAUCACCCUGGAUGGUCAGUCCAUGGCCCUCGACAAGGACAAUCGCAACACUUUCUGCGCUGCUAUUGCCAAGUUUGAGAGUGACGGCGGCCCUACCGACAGUGGAUCCGGUUCUGGUUCCGGCAACAGCUCAUCUUCCUCCUCGGCCAAGCCCACUACUACGACCAAGGCUGCCAGCACUGCUGCCUCCAGCACUGCUUCCACCUCUGCCACAAAGAGCGCUGCUUCCGGAGCCGCUGAUGGCGGUGAUUACGGAUCAGGAUCAGGCUCCGCCACCACGGCUUCUGAUUCUGCAGCUGCCACUACCUCGGCUGCCACCACGGCCGUUGGAGCUGGUUCCUCAUCAACUGCCUCAGCUGCUACUCCCACCUCUACUGCAGCCCAGGGUAGUGGCACCGACACUGGAUCAGAUGGUGACUCUGAAAGUGGCUCUGGCAGUGGUUCGGGUGAGAGCUCUGCCACCACCACCGCUGCUGCCCAGACUACCUCUGCUAUUCCUGCCGACUCGGGUGAGGGUAGCGGUUCUAAGGUGACCGUGACAAUCACACACACAGUGACUGCCACUGGUCUGUGUUCCGCCUCGUAG